UCCAUGUCCCACUCACACAAAGCAAGUUGAACGAGGAACACGCAUCGUAAAGAUUUCGAGAGGGAAACGUAGAACAAGUGAUUGUCAACGCGAAAUUUUGCCAAGAUUAGAACAUAAACACUUUCGCGAGUGAAUUAUUACGAGUGCUUUUAAUAUAAUCAAGUGAUAGUGACUUAAACAGAAUUACAAAGUGCAGUUCUCCCUUGGAGAGGGGAAAUCAGUCCACGGAACAUAACAUGGCUCCUAGAAUCGGGCAAUAAAAACAAAGCGAAGUGACACCAACUUCAACGCCGUCCGUGUCGCAGUAGCUUGUUUGACAGGAGCGACUUUCGCUGUCAUUUCAAUUCAAAAUGUCGGGAAGUGAAUAUCGCAGUUGUGAAUCAGUUGAGAGAGCGACCAUUUAUUUCGUACAAAGGACUGUUAAGAAGAAAUUUUUCUCUAUCAACUCUGGAAAUCGUUUAUUGAACAUUGGUAAUAUUUAAGAAAAUGUCGCGCGUCGGUCUAGAUAGUGAAAAUUGUAGUUUUUUAGAAAGUCAUUUUAAUUUGUUGCGGUUCGACAGCUCAGAAUGGCGGAUCGACGCGAUCGUCCUUGAAUAAGUUUUUCAGAUGGAAUUUUGUAGUAAUCGCGCGUGUAUGACGUCAGGAGAUGUAUACACAGUGUUGCAGCAAAAUAAAAAGUUAUAAUAGAAGUAAUCGUACGAGAGUUAGCCCUUUUUGUGGUUUUUGGGAUCCAAUAUUAUUCGCGUGUUCAAUCCAAAAUGAACGGAAAUUUCGGCAGAUCAACGUACUCUGCAGGAUCAUCAACGCCAUUCUGCCCGCAUCAAAACUCGGAGAUGGGUAACGGAUAUGUGUUGGGUGGAGGAGGUAGUAACCAUCCUUGCUUCGGAGGAAAACGGUGGGGAGCUCGCCCCUUUCACACGGGUCGAGGUUAUUUCGGGAGGCAAAGACAUCAAACACCACCUACGAUGUCGCCGCCACAUAUGGUUUUUCCGCAGCAACAGCAACCACGUAUGAUAUACCCCCAGCAGCAGCCAAUGAUGUUCCCGCAGCCUCCUCCUCCUCCCCAAAUGAUGUACCCUCCCCAACGCCCUGGUGCUAAAGGGUAUAAUCCACCUAACCAGCCAAACAACAGUUACCACACGAACCCGCAAGGGUUCUUAAACGGUAUUAAAAAAAUUGUUAACGGAUUUAUUAAUCCAAAUUUGAACUGUGAUUUCUAUUCGGACCACCAUCGCUAUUACAAUCCGAAGUAUCGCAAUAAUUACGCGAUGGAGAGACGGGAAGCCCCGUACAAGCCGAAUGUCAAUAAUGAUUGCAAUGCAAGAGUAAAGACUGUUUUCCUGGACUUGGGAAAAAUGAAUACAGACAACACAAAGUCAAAUCACGCCGCCCGCGAAAAGGCCUCAGGUGGCAGCGUGCCUCCCUCGCAACCGACAGUGUCUGCCACUAUCGAGUUUGCCAUUUUCACCAGCGACGAUUUUCCUGCACUGCCAGCGGUCAAAAAGCAAGUCAUUCCGAUGUCGUCUAAGCCCACGGUGUCGAACGUAGCUAACAAAUUACCCCGCAGCCGGCGAAAAUGCCGGGAAUGGAAAUCUCCCGCCACACGAGAAUCUGUUAAGCAAGUGAUUACUCCCGAAAAGGAGAUUACUUGUGAGGAUUUUGUAGUCCUUUCGAAACCAAAGAUAAGCGAUCCUGUUGUAAAUGGUGCCACCUGCAAGUCGCCAGCCGGGGAGAUGCGUUCUGCUUGCCCAUUUACGCGCCCUCAGCGCGUUCGUCAAAUAUCAGAAUGCAGUGACGACAGCUUCGUAAUCUGUUUUUCGGAAGAUGCCCGGGAAGGAGUGUUGGAAGUGGCCCGCGAUAGCGACGAGGAAUCCAACUUAGACAGCUGUAGCGACGACAGCAGCAGCGAAGAUGAAAAUGACAUCGAUGAGACUGAUAAUUAUGUAAAAAUGCCAGAAAUGGGACAAUUGGAUUCGGGUUUUGAUGAGAAGAGAGAUAAAAAGGUCCGCUUCAAUCUCAAGCCCGAAAUUCAUGUAAUGUACAAAUGGAAUUUCGCAUACCGGGCAGCGCGAAAAGGUCAUUGGGAAAAUUUCGCACGUGAUCGCGAUCGGUUCAAGAAGCGCAUCAGCAAUUUGGCUAACAUUAUUAAUCCUGUACUAGAUACUCAACACCGUGAAAAGAUCUACGGGUCAAGAUUUUGUGAUAGCGAUGACAAUGGUGCAUCCUCCAAGUGCACAGAAACAGAGAGUAGUAACACAUAAAUAAAUUCCAUUUAGAUACAGAACCUUGUUAUUGUAAAUAUUGCAAAAAGAUAGAAACUACUAAGGAUAUAAAUGCACCGAAUAAUGCGAAUAUUGAAUGGAAAUCGUCGAAAUGAAUACGAAACGAAUAACAAACAUCUGAGAUUAUUGUAUAAAUUACUAAAUGAUUGUACAUAAAAAGAAAACUGCUGCAUAAAAACGAAGUAAAAGUGGAAGCCUCUUUUGAUGUUUCCCAAAAAAAGAAGAAAAAAAAUCCAAACAAUUUUACAUGAGAGAAAAUUGAAUCUUUUUUAGUAAAAAUUUUAAUGUUGCACCUAACCUAGUUUUCUUUUUUCUCCUUUUCAUUUACUUUUGUUUGUGCAACAAUUAGUCUUUACAUAUUAUAUUCUUCACUCUUUGUUCGAAGCAUAGACCUCCUGUUUGUUUUCAUCUAGAAAUAAUAGCGGAGAUCAUAUGAAAGAUUUACAGAAUAUAUAUUUUGCACUCUUUAUUGACUGGUAUUAUUUGGUUUCUUUAAAUUUUCUAUAUUUAAAUGCACAGUUUUUCUUUUAAUUUUCGCAACUAUAAAUUUCUAAAUGGAAAUAAUACCGUUUUAAAUAUAUAAAUAUUUUUUUUUAUUUAGAAUAUAGCACGCCACUAUAGUUGUAAUUGUAAAUUUAUAAGUGAGUAAAACUAUUCUGAAAAUAAAAAAAAAAUUGAAGAAAAAAAUAUAUUGAAGUAAGAAAGGGAGUUAUUAUUUAUAAUUGUAAAUGUAUAGUAUUUAUGGUUUAGCGACUAACGAGCUUUGUAAAUUAUAGUGAUAAUGUAUAGUUCAUAUUUCAAAUUAUCUAUUUUAUUGUUGGAAUAAAAGGCUGUAUUUGCCUCCAUGAGACUACAACAGCAAA